AAAAACAUUGACAAAAUGGCCAAUGUACCGUUCUCUGCACUGUCAACAAGCAAUGCCGAUGUCAGGAAACUCAUUAUAGACACACAUAAUUACCUGAGAACAUUAGUUAAACCAUCUGCAAGCAACAUGUUAAAAAUGGUGUGGAAUGAUGCUGCAGCUCAGACAGCAGCAAGGUAUGCCAGCCAGUGCAUCGCUGGUCAUAGUGCUCCAAAUCUCAGAACAAUCCCAAAUUUCAAUUGUGGUGAAAAUAUAUUCCUAUCAACAUUUAAAGCCUCUUGGGAUGAUGUGCUUAAAUCAUUUUAUAGUGAAGUUGUUGAUUUUAUAUAUGGGUAUGGACCAAGACUUCCAAAUAUACAGACUGGUCAUUAUACACAGCUUACAUGGGCCACUUCCUUUCAGGUUGGAUGCGCUGUUGCCCAGUGCUCAAAUGCUAAAUACACAUACAACUAUGUCUGCCAUUACUGUCCACCAGGAAACUUCAAUAGCUCAAUUGGCUUCCCAUACAAAGCUGGAAGUGCAUGUGGAGAUUGCCCAUCAUCAUGUGAAAAUGGCCUGUGCACAAAUCCUUGUCCCUUUCAGGACUGGUUUGCUGACUGCAAAGAAUUUUAUUUUGGACAAAAAUGUGAUGCAGACCUUGAUAGAGAUUGUCCUGCUACUUGCCGGUGCUCUAAAAAUCAAAUAAAAUAG